AUGGCGUCCGUGGCAAAACCAGCAAGCAAGAAUAUCAAGCAGGCAGGUGUGAGCCUGAAGUCUGGUGUCGACAAUCCCAAUCCUAUACGACAUGGCGGAAUGGGACAAGCAGAGCGCGCCUUCUCGGCUGCCUCGACUUUUCUAUCUGGUAUCAUGGCCAUAUCGGCAUCACAAUUCAUCGGAGCGCCUCUGAAGCUCAUCGACUCGAAAUUCUAUGAAGCUUAUAUGGCCUGGACGAAAGAAUCGUUUGCUGUACUGAUGACCACUAUAACCCAAUGGUGGGCUCCUACCGUGGUAAGAGUAAGCGGCGACGACAGCAUGAAAGGGCAAUUGUUCCAAAUGGACGAUGGAGACUUAAGGUGCAACUUCCCACAUAGAUUGAUUAUGAUGGGCAACCAUCAGCUUUACACCGACUGGCUUUAUCUCUGGUGGAUCGCAUAUACCAAUAAGAUGCACGGCCGAAUAUACAUCAUCUUGAAGGAAAGCCUCAAGCAGGUCCCGAUCAUAGGGUGGGGCAUGCAAUUCUACAACUUCAUCUUCUUGAGCCGUAAAUGGGAGCAAGAUCGCUACAGAUUCAAGAAACAUCUUGAUCACCUCAAGAACCCACAGGACCCAAUGUGGCUUUUGAUCUUUCCAGAAGGCACCAAUCUGUCUGCGGUGACAAGAGAGAAGUCGGCAAGCUGGUCGAAGAAGACGGGAAUUCCAGACAUGAAACACCAACUUUUACCGAGAACAACGGGCCUACAAUUCUGCCUACAGGAGAUGCGGCCAUCGACAAAUUGGCUAUAUGACUGCACGAUUGCCUACGAAGGGGUGCCUAAAGGCCUCUAUGGCCAGGACAUCUUUACCCUCAAAUCGUCACUCUUCGAAGGUAGGCCGCCGAAGUCAGUAAACAUGUUCUUUCGGAGGUUCAAAAUUUCUGAGAUUCCGUAUCAAGACGAUGAACAGUUCCAGAGCUGGCUGGUCAACCGAUGGCGAGAGAAGGAUUACAUGUUGGAGCAUUUCUACAAAUUUGGAAGCUUUCCA